AUGGGGGGAGCUGCUCCGGGCAUGGCGGCGGCGGCAGAGGAGAAAGAGAGCGGAGAUAGAGACUCGGAGCUCCGUCGUCUCAUAGUGCCCGAUCUGUGCGAUCUACCCCCCGCCGCCCCUUCUGCCGUCGAGGCCAACUUCGUCACCUACUUCGCCGUAGGUGACGCUUCCAAACCCUAAUCAAUCGAGAAUCGGAAAGGGCGAUUUUUCUUACGUAUCAUUGACUUCCGGGUCUUCUCGUUCUCCCUCCUCUCGCCGAUAAGACUUCCUGAAGCCCGGGCACGACCAGUACAUCCAUCGCCACGCCAAUGGGUAACCGAGGAUUCUGGGUUUUUUAGUACGCGGUGGAACUUCUCCGUUCCGAUCUGAUCGCAACCUGUUCGCCAUUCAGAUUAUGCGUGGUCGGCCUGGCUGCGAGCCAUGUUGCUCUGAAGGAAGAGGGUGGAGUGACUGGAGUGGAUUUCAACGUCGGGAGAUCCGACAGGAGCGAGAUGAAGGUCUCGGGGAAGCGCAAGAGGGUAUUAUUGGCUACGGUUUGAUGCUUUUAAUCCUCCGGUGAGUUCAAGACUCUGAGUUGUUACUAACUAUGCCUUUUUUUUUUGUUUUUGUUUUUGUUUUUUUUUUUUUUUUUUUGCUGAAGAACGCGCUACAUUUUGAACCAAAUUCUGCUAUAUGCAAAGUCAACACCAGCAGCAAUUCCUACGUAGUGAGGUGCGGCUCGUUUCCUCCCUAAUGCGUUUCAUUUCUACCGGGAGAUUAGGACUGAUUAUGUUGACCAAGUCAUGGGUUCGUGGUGUUUACUUUCUGUAGGUGCUGCGUGAAAGGAUCACUCUUAGAGGUCAACGAAAGGCUCAUCAAACAGCCUGGGCUGCUUAAUUCCUCUGUAAGUAAAGUAGGCUUUAAGUUCUGAGGGCUUCACAGAUUGUUCCCUGAUUUAGUUAAUGAUCUGUUUUACUGUUUUCUGAUCGUUUUCCUAUAGAAGCUUGUUUUGGAUAUAAAUCGUCUGAUAACUGUGAUUUCUUAUGCUUUUCUUGGACCGGUUGGUGUUUAGUUUUAGAAAUCUGUUUUUUUCCCAAAAUACAGCUUCAUAGGAGAGCUUGUUUUGGACAGAAAUCUUCUAAUGACUUUACAAAGCUUUAGGAUGGAGUUGAAAGCUGAGUUUAUAGGGAGGGAGGGGGGAGAGAGAGAGAGAGAGAGAGAGAGAGAGAGAGAGAGAGAGAGAGAGAGAGAGAGAGAGAUUGCGAAUUUGAUCCACAAAAGCUCAGAAAUCAUGCUAGAUAACAAUUUGGAAGAGACCCUGCAACAGAGGUCGAUGGUUCUUGGUUCUCUCCCCCAGCUCGUCCCCACUUUAAAUCCCAAACCCUAAACCAGUUUGACCAGGGAAAGAACGAAGCUUUCUCUGGGCCUUCAGGGUUUCUGAUCCGCCGAACCCCAAAUCCACUCACAGAAUUAGGGUUGGCUUUUAGCUUUAUCAUGGCAACAAGCAUCACUCAAGAUCAGAAUCCGCCUCGCUCGGAGCAUAUGGGGCUGGAAAGAAAGUUUUGUUGUUGUGUCUGCUCAGGAACCAGUUAUGAAAUAAUUUUCCGCGUGAGCUUAUAAAAUUCAUCAGAAGAUUCAUAUUCAUGGGUCUAUAUCUCCUGAAUUGAUCUGGAUUUAGGCUCAAACCCACGCACUAUGUGGCAAAAUCUAGGCUGGAUUGCUCAUCUCCCCACCUGGUGUUGGGAAUUUCUCAGCCGGGCCAAGAGUUUCCCUCUAUCACUGGCCACAUUCUCCGCCUGAUAUUCCCCUAUUAUUCAUUUCCUGCAUCACUCAGGCCGACCGUGAAGGGUUCAUCGCCAUCAUCAUGCCGAAGCCUGCAGACUGGCCCCGUUUGAUGGCUUCCUUCCUGAGCAGAGAAGACUACAGGAGCUGCAGAGGGCUCCCCUGA